CUUGCCGUGUGCGGCGGGGCUUCAGGCGGGUGGCUUGGAACGUGACUUCCCGGCUCUCAUGGCGCUGCCGGGUCUGCUCACGCUCGGCACGGCAGUGCGGUGCUGGGAGGCGCUGGCCGCGGUGCGCCAGCUGGUGGCUUCCAAGCCGGCUGGUGCGCUGGGGCCGCGCCUCGCGCGUCGCUGCACUAUGCAGUACAAGCGGUCCGUCCUGCGCCCCAUCCUGCGCAUUGCGGAUAUGGCGCGCGUGCCGCCGGAGCUGCAGUCCGGCCCGGAUGCUGCUGCCCAAUUCUCCGCGCUGCUGGCCCGUAUGGCUGCUGCUUGCGCAGAGCCUGGGGUGGCGGCAUGGCGCGGCUGACGUGCCCUUGCUGACCCUUACGGUGAAGCAGGCAACCCAGCUUCAACUUGCGCCUGCGUACGACGCACUCCGCGUGCGUCACUUGGCCUUCAUCCAAGAGGCCUACAGCGGCGCCGCGCCGCCAGCGGAAGCGAUUCAUGCGCUGCGGGCGGCCCUGGCGCGGCUGUGGGCUUUGGUGUGGGAGCCGCGACACAAGGAACCGCUCUGGCGUCUGGCAGUCAAUGGGUUCACGGGCUUUGGGAUGCUUGCGGCGUGGGCCGCAGAUGGACGCGUGGAGAAAUGCCCGUGUGGGACUCAGAUGACUGCUGGGGCUAGGGUUCAUCACUUCUGGGACUGUGUGGUGGCGGAGGCUCUGCGUGAUGUGAUGCGGGAGCAUGCGAAUGUGGACAUCACACGGAACCAGUUGUGGUUAGUACAGGCGCCACCAGGGCUAUCGCAGGCGGUGUGGGACAUCGUGUGCUUGGCUGCUGUGGCGGCCCUGGAAUCCGGCCGACAGCGCCUUUACGCUUGCCGUGAUGCUGCAGACCGGACUGCGGAGGUUGCUGUUGUGCGAAGGAUCGGUGUGGAGGUGAUUGCGGACUUCUGGUCACGGCUAGCUGCGUUUGUGAGUCUGCGUCGGCCUCCGCGCCGCUGGGACCUUGUCCCGAACCAGCACCCAUUCCUAGCGUCAGAUGAUGUUGGAGGGGUUAUCUUGGUAGGGCCAACAGCGGACUCGCCACCGGCCUCACCCUAGCUUGUCAGCUUAGGGACUCGCAAUAAGAGGUAGUCUUAUGACGCCGACCCACGGCUUAGGUGAGCAGCGCUAGCGUUUGCGGUGAGCCGGGCCUGGGGUUCCUCCCCUCUCCGGAGGCGAGGAGCAUGGGGGUCAUUCGGGGAUCUCUCCUCGGGUGAGCGUGCGUGUCUCGUACGUUUUUAGGGCCCUGGCUAGUCCACGGCUGUCGUCCCACAUGUAACCUCUAUCAGCU